AUGGGUGGAAAUGAAGGAAUUUUAAAUUUACAAAAAAUGCAAUGUUUUGAAAAUAAAGAUAAAUUGAAAAUUGAAGUUGAAAAACAAAAAGAGGAAAUUAAAAUUUUGAAAUCGGAUAAAUUGGAAAAAGAAGGGCAAAUUAAAAUUUUGAAAGAAAAUUUGGAAGAGAAUAAAAAUGAAUUGGAUGAUUAUAAGAAUAAAAUGGUUAAAUUGGAAGAAGGACAUAUUUUGGCUUUGGAUCAACUUUCUAAAAUUAAAGAAGAAUUUGGAAAAUUAAAAGAGGAAAACGAAAAGAUUUUUGAAGAAAAAGUUGAAUUAUUAAAAGAAUUGGAAGAAAAUAAAUUAAAAAUUGGAAAAUAUGAAGAAGACAAAAAAUUGGAAUUAAUUAAUUUGGACAAAUUAAAAGAAGAAAAUGAGGGGAUUUUUAAAGGGAAAAAUAAAUUAUUGAAAGACUUGGAAGAGAGUAAAAUUAAAAUUAUGAAAAUUGAAGAAGAAAACAAGAAAUUAACCAAAAAAUUGAAGGAUUCUGAAAAUUCAAUAUUUCCACUUCGACAUGAAAUUUCGCAAAAUAAAAGGAAUUAUGAGCAAGCAAUUAAACAAAUUAAAGAUUUGGCAGAAGAUCGAGAUGGACAAAUCAAAACUUUAACUGAACGUAAUGCUGCUUAUAGUGAUGCUAAAUAUGAAGCGGAGAAAAAAGCUAAAGAACUUUUGAUAAAGAAUGAACAAUUACAAAUAGAAAAUAAAGAUUUUGUUGCAAAUAUCCAAUUAAAAGAUGAGAAAAUUCGUUCAUUUGAAAUGCAAGUCAAAGAGGUAUACAGUGGCGGAAAAUUACUUAGGGAAAAAUUUUCUCUUUGA